AUGACGAGCUUUCUCUUACAUCUGGAUCUCAUGGCGCAGUCUUGGGUGGAAAAAGUGCCAGAGUAUCCGCAUCCAGUGAAACUUGGAGUGCUUACAAUGGCUGCAGCUGCAGCAGGGUUCCUAGCUUCGACAGUAUUUGUAGUGACCGGCUUUGACUUCUCCGUGACUCUAUAUGUGGUAUGGCCUAUGGCCAAACCAUUUCUUAAGCUUUUGUUUGGACUUGUCUUCGGUAUUUUAGCGAGAGUUUGGGAGAAUUUUGCUGAUAUCGUUAGUUGA